GGUAAAUCAGCAGAGGAGGACGUAGCCUCGGGCGAUGAGUGCGCUCCUCUCGUACUAGAAACCGAAACGAGUCCGAUAUGACUCAAGAACUCUAAGUCCUUCCAGCGAGGGUCGCCCAUCAGAAUUUUUCCGACAGAUCGCUCCCUUGGUGAAUAUUCGGUAGGGAAAAAAACGCAAGCACGACAUGAACUGGGACAUCAAACUUUUCCUUCUUUCGGCAGUGAUGCAGCUGGUACUGAGCAAGGUCUUCUCCCUGCCAUAUAAGCCAGACUCUGGUGGUCAGUGCAAGAGCAACACCACCGAAUACAUUAACAAAGAGGUUAAACUGUGCUGCAGCAGGUGCGCCCCAGGGACCUACCUGGAGACACAGUGCACAGAGACCUCAGACACGCAGUGCAAUCCCUGCGCGAGUGGGUACUUCAAUGACAAGUACAACUACUUUAACAAAUGCUUCAAGUGCCAACGGUGUCGCGAAGACGAUGGCCUUCACAUUGCGCAGGCCUGCACCGCUUCCUCCAACACUCUCUGCGAGUGCAGGAACGGGAUGUUCUGCAGAUCUGGCACCUCUCCUCCCUGCAAGAUGUGUGCCCGUUUCACCAGCUGCCCGCCUGGCCUCGGUGUCACAGCGCCAGGGACGGCUUACACAGAUGUCUCGUGUGCGCCUUGCUCUGAGGGCAGCUUCUCUGAUCAGACGUCCUAUGAUCAGACCUGCCAGCGCCACACUAACUGUUCCUCCGAGGGGCAGAGCUUUCUGCACCAUGGCAACAGCACGUCGGACGCAGUGUGUGGGCCUUUGGUCAAGGCGACGGCCCCUUCUGCUGGUACCCCCAGUGCCCCGCCCCCCAGCUUCCCACCUCCCCUGCCUGCCCCAUCCACCCCACCUGCCCCGCCCACCAGGGCCACGCCUGGCCAAGGCAGCUCUGCUCCGCCUCCUCAGACGCCCCUCUCCUCUGGGAGUUAUGUGAUCUGGGCCGUUGUUGGAGUAGGACUGACGCUGCUGGUGGUGGGCAUUGUCUGCAUCGUCUGCAGGAGGAAAGCUGAAGGCGCAAAUGAGAACAUUGAGGCGAAUGAGGGUGCAAAUGGAACUCUAGCAGUCUAUCAACAGAACGCCUCGAACUGCCGGGAGCAGCAGGGCCUGCUGGGAAAAACGGACCCGAGCAACCCUGCCUUCUCAGCCUCCCCCUGCCACACUGAGACCCAUAACAGCAGCAGCCAGGAGAGGCUGCUGACAGACAACCCACAGGUCAACGUCAACAUCACAGCCACCUUCAACUGCCACCUGAACCAGACGACCCUGCCCCUCGAGCCCACCCCGACCCCGCCCCUCCCCACCCCAACUCCACCCCCGCCACCGGAGUCCGACCUCCCGCUGUCAGAGGAGGAGGAGGCGCAGCGCUCAACGCCCCAGCAGGAGGAGGGGAAGGAGGCACGUGUGGCGGUGCAGGAGAGUGACUCCGUCUGAGUUUCCAGGUCAGCUUUACCCCCACGGUUACUACAGUGGCUGUGUUCAUUCACCUGCACUGGCUGUGCUUAUUCUGAGCAGGCAGACCCAAGACAGCCUGAGAGGGGAGGACUGGUGUGUGAGGUGGAGUAUGGGUAAUGUAGUCCCACCCCAGGGACCCCUUUAUCCUCACAGCCUGCCUCUUCUACUCUCUCGGUGUGGACUACUCAGGGAACGGAUGUCUCUGCACUCGCCUGGGUACUUUUGGCCAGUAUUAAUAUUUUAUUAAUAUUUUAGGAAUAGCACUGUUUCUGUUAAAAUUAUGUUAAGACAUGACAGAGUCAGUUAUGUCAGUAUUUAAGUGGCACACCGCUGAGGGAGGCGGACACUGUAGAAACACAGGCAGGCUGCAAGCCUGUCAAAUCAACAUAUUUGAGUUACCCAGUGACAUUUGUAUUGAUAUACUCUUUGAUAAUAUUUUCUUUAUAUUUAAUCAAAAAACAAAUAUGCAAUAUGCAUGUUUAUCUGUUUUGCUGUGCACUGUACUGUACUGAUCAGAGUUGGAUGAACUCAGGUUGGAGGUUUUGUUUUGGGCUAUGCCUGGCGCUCUGAUAUUGGGCAGACACCAGCACCCUCUAGUGGUGUGAAGUGCAAAUUCACAGGAAGCUGCCAUGUCAGGUCAGGGGUAAACUAAUGACCUCAAUAUCAUAUUGAUUGGUUUUCUCAUCCACCAUUUUGGAUGAUUGCCCCCUGCUGGUGCAGGUGAUGUGUGGCCGCAGCUGAGAGCCCUGCUCAAUGAGGGAAAUGGCUUGAUUUCAGCAUUUACAUGUUGUUUCGGUACCCUCUGGCUCCCUGCUACCUGUGCUGGGGAUGGGGCAAGACACACCUUUCCCCAGGCUGGGGGGGGGGGGG